UUCAGAUUGUAUUUCUAUGGUUCAUCAAUACUUAAUGGUCGAUGAACAGCUGGGUGAUCAUUUUCAUUUUUAAUCUUAAAAUUUGCCGUUUUUGUCUUUUUUUUACAUUGAAUAACGUAAAUAAAAGUUCGGAAAACAACAUCAUAUCAAAAUUUGAUUAAAAUUUUUGGAUUAAGAUCCUAAAUUAUCAAAUUUAAAAUGACUUGCAAUCUAAAGAUCGCAAAGACGUUGUUUCAAAGAGUCGAUAAAGCUUUUCCAAAGUUUACGAGUCAUAGUUUUACACUGUCUCGUCAUAGUGUGUGCUUCAAGUAUUAUGUUACCGAUUCAAAAGUUGAUUCGAGACCCACCUCGUCCCAGUCACCAAUAUCUACUCAACCUCCAAAACAAUCUCCAGUUGUUGAAAAUAGCGAAAAGAAGUACUUUUUCGAAAAUCCAUUCGUCGAUACGUACGUGGUGCCGCUGUUCAAUGUGUUUCCCAGAAUGAGCAGUCAUCUGAAAAAAAUCAAUUUGGAAAUGAUAAACGAGGUGCCUCCGCAUGUCCUCGUGUUUACGUUAAUCACAAUUUCGCCAAUGGUUUUAUCUAUGAUCACUUUCAAUUGUCACACCAUUUUGUCUAUAGGUGUACCUUACGUAGGCAUGUACGUGACCAUGGCCAACGGACUUCAUCUAGGAGCCAACAUCCAUAAUGUUUCUAACAACACAUCACAGCUCUUAUUGGCUAGUGCACCUGCCUUGUUAUGUGCUUCUGCAAAGUACUUAAUGGCGUUUCCUAUGCCCAUUUCUAUUUUAUUUAUUGGUUUUGCAGCUAUUAAACUGUCCGACGAUAUUUUGUUGAUAAACAAGUACCCGAAAUGGAUGAAGGUUCUUGUUCUGUCCACUUUGGGUGCGGGUCUACUUGAUUUGUCUUCUGCAUUGAUUUGUUCGGUUUUUUAA